AUGGACUGGUCCACCAACUCUGACAGUGGACCUGCCACUCAGAAUUGCUUCAUCAGUCCAGAAUCUGGCCGAGAAACUGCAAGCACCAGCAAGAUCCCAGCUCUUGAGCCCGUGGCUUCCUUUGCAAAGGCCCAGGGUAAGAAAGGCAGUGCAGGGAACACAUGGAGUCAGUUGUCCAACAGCAGCAAAGAUCUGCUCUUGGGAGGUGUGGUUCCAUCCCCAAGCAACCACAGCUCGCCAGCCCCACCCAGCAGCUCUGCCGAGUGCAAUGGGCUUCAGCCCUUGGUGGAUCAAGAUGGGGGAGGAGCAAAGGAUCCCCCAGAGCCACCUACUAUAAGCAGCAAGAAAAAGUCCAGUAAAAAAGAUGUGAUAAGUCAAACCAUACCAAACCCAGACCUGGACUGGGUCAAGAAUGCCCAGAAAGCAUUUGACAAUACAGAAGGGAAAAGGGAAGGCUACUCUGCAGAUCAUGCCCAGGAGGCAUCACCAGCCAGGCAGAAUGGGAGUUCCAUCAGUAAUCCUGAGAAUGACUCGAGUCAUGUCCGGAUUACCAUCCCUAUUAAGGCACCCUGUCUAGACCCAACCAGCCAUAAAAGGAAAAAGAGACAGUCCAUCAAGGCAGUGGUGGAGAAGAUCAUGCCAGAGAAAGCUCUGGCUUCUGGAAUCACUAUGAGCAGUGAAGUAGUUAACAGGAUACUAUCCAACUCUGAGGGAAAUAAGAAAGAUCCCCGUGUCUCUAAAUUGGGUAAAAUUAUAGAGAACGAGUCCCCCUCCAUUGGCCUUGAAACGGGUGGAAACGUCGAGAAAGUUGCCCCAGGAGUUGUGUCUAAGCAAAGGAAGCCAACCGUGGUCAUGACGCCUCCAACAUGCAAAGAUCACUCUCCAUCAAGAAAACUGCCAGAAAUCCAACAUCCAAAAUUUGCUGCCAAACGGAGGUGGACGUGCAGCAAACCCAAACCCACCAGUAUGCUUCGGGAGGCAGUCAUGGCCACCUCCGAUAAACUGAUGGUGGAACCACCAUCUGCUUAUCCCAUCACCCCAUCCAGCCCUCUCUACACCAACACAGACAGUCUUACUGUGAUCACGCCAGUCAAAAAGAAGCGGGGACGACCAAAGAAGCAGCCUUUACUCACGGUUGAGACAAUUCAUGAGGGGACUUCCACCAGUCCGGUCAGUCCCAUCAGCCGGGAGUUUUCUGGCACCAAGAAAAGAAAGAGACGACGCAGUUUAGCUAAGUUGGCUCAACUAGUGCCAGGAGAGGACAAACCCAUGAGCGAGAUGAAAUUUCAUAAAAAAGUUGGAAAGCUUGGGGUGUUGGAUAAGAAGACCAUCAAAACGAUCAAUAAGAUGAAAACACUCAAGAGGAAAAAUAUCUUGAACCAGAUCUUGUCUUGCUCCAGCAACAUUGCUCUGAAGGCUAAAGCUCCCCCGGAGACCAGCCCUGGGGCAGCAGCAAUUGAGAGCAAACUGGGCAAGCAGAUUAAUGUCAGCAAAAGGGGAACCAUCUACAUUGGCAAGAAGAGGGGCAGGAAGCCAAGAGCAGAGCUGCCACCCCCAUCCGAAGAACCCAAAACAGCCAUCAAGCACCCAAGGCCUGUUUCUAGCCAGCCGGAUGUUCCAGCCGUGCCUUCCAACUUUCAGUCACUUGUGGCGUCUUCACCAGCAACUAUGCACCCACUUUCAACACAAUUAGGUGGGUUAAAUGGCAACCUGAGCCCCGCCAGCACUGAAACCAAUUUUUCAGAGUUGAAAACUAUGCCAAAUCUCCAGCCCAUCAGUGCUCUUCCAACCAAAACCCAAAAGGGAAUACAUAGUGGAACCUGGAAGCUGUCUCCACCCAGGCUGAUGGCCAACUCACCUUCACAUCUUUGCGAGAUCGGGUCACUCAAGGAAAUCACACUGUCCCCUGUGAGCGAGUCGCACAGUGAGGAGACGAUCCCAAGCGACAGUGGCAUUGGGACAGACAACAAUAGCACGUCUGACCAAGCGGAGAAGAGUUCAGAAUCCCGACGGAGGUACUCUUUUGAUUUCUGCUCCCUGGACAACCCGGAGGCCAUUCCGUCUGACACCAGCACAAAGAACCGGCAUGGCCACCGGCAGAAGCAUCUCAUUGUGGACAACUUCCUGGCCCAUGAAAGCCUCAAGAAGCCAAAGCACAAGAGGAAACGGAAAAGCCUGCAAAACCGUGAUGAUCUCCAGUUUCUGGCAGACCUGGAAGAGCUCAUCACCAAGUUCCAGGUGUUCAGGAUCUCCCACCGGAGUUACACCUUUUACCAUGAGAAUCCGUAUCCCAGCAUUUUUCGGAUAAAUUUUGAUCACUAUUACCCGGUGCCAUAUAUCCAGUAUGACCCGUUGCUCUAUCUUCGUAGGACUUCAGACUUGAAGUCAAAGAAGAAGCGUGGUAGGCCUGCAAAAACCAAUGACACCAUGACAAAGGUGCCUUUUUUACAAGGGUUCAGCUACCCUAUUCCCAGUGGAAGUUACUAUGCACCCUAUGGAAUGCCUUACACAUCAAUGCCUAUGAUGAACCUUGGUUAUUACAGUCAGUACCCAGCUCCUUUAUACCUAUCGCACACGCUCGGAGCAGCUUCCCCAUUCAUGAGGCCAACAGUGCCACCACCUCAGUUCCACACAAGCUCCCACAUGAAGAUGUCCGGUACGGUGAAGCAUAAAGCAAAGCAUGGAGUACACCUGCAGGGACCUGUUGGCAUGGGCCUUGGUGACAUGCAACCAUCCCUGAAUCCUCCCAAGGUCGGCGGUGCCAGUCUGUCCAGUGGUCGGCUCCACAAGAGGAAACACAAACACAAGCAUAAGCACAAGGAAGACCGGAUCCUGGGGACCCACGACAACCUGAGUGGUCUCUUUGCAGGCAAAGCCACGGGCUUCUCCAGCCACAUCCUGAGCGAGCGGCUGAGUAGCGCAGACAAAGAGCUCCCAUUGUUGAGUGAGAAGAACAAGCAUAAGGAGAAGCAGAAGCACCAGCACAGUGAAGUCAGCCACAAAGCUUCGAAGAACAACUUUGAGGUGGACACCCUGUCGACGCUGUCACUUUCUGAUGCCCAGCAUUGGACGCAGGCCAAGGACAAAGGUGACUUGAGCAGUGAGCCUGUGGACUCAUGCACAAAAAGGUACUCAGGCAGUGUCGGGGACAGUGGCAGCACAAGACCAGAGAGCCUGGACGUGUUCAGUGAAAUGAACCCUUCGAAUGACAAGUGGGACAGUGACAUGAGUGGGAGUAAAAGGAGGAGCUACGAAGGCUUUGGGACGUACAGGGAAAAGGACAUCCAAGCCUUCAAGAUGAACCGCAAGGACAGAAGUUCUUACGACUCCUCCAUAUCUCCAGGGAUGCCAAGUCCCCACUUAAAAGUGGACCAGACGGCAACGCAUAGUAAGAACGAGGGCUCCGUGUCCACCAUGAUGACCAGGAAGAAGCCAGCUGCGGUUGACAGUGUUGCAAUCCCACCUACCCCAGUGUUAUCUCUCCUCGCUGCGUCUGCAGCAACCUCAGAUGCAGCCAGCUCCUCCCUGAAGAAACGAUUCAAGAGGCGGGAGAUCGAGGCCAUCCAGUGCGAGGUGCGGAAGAUGUGCAGCUACACCAAGAUCCUGUCCACCAAGAAGAACCUGGACCACGUGAACAAGAUCCUGAAGGCCAAGCGGCUGCAGAGACAAUCAAAGACAGGCAACAACUUCGUCAAGAAGAGGAGGGGGCGUCCCCGAAAGCAGCCCACCCAAUUCGAUGAGGACUCCAGAGACCAAAUGCCGGUGCUGGAAAAAUGCAUCGACCUGCCCAGCAAAAGGGGUCAGAAGCCCAGCCUGAGCCCGCUGGUGCUGGAGCCCGCCGCCAGCCAAGAUACCAUCAUGGCCACCAUCGAAGCGGUCAUCCACAUGCAGUCCCCGCCCCAGCGGCACUUGGCUAUGGCUAGAUCCUGGACAGGCCAGCGAGCAGAAGACCCACGGAGGAGGAGAGAGCUGGUGGUGCCCACGGCCACCGGACCUCCCACGUCCAAGAUGUGCCCUUGA